UGUUGGUCUACGGUUUCAGCUGACCUUGCCGAGAUAGGCUGGGUUUGCAAGCGCAGAUUUUGCGCGGUAUUGUUGCUGACGUGCCAUUUCAGCGGAUUCACUGUAGUAUCUCCCUUGAAGGAUCGAAAAAGUGCCACAGUGGCGACCGAGAUGGCUAGCCUCUUCGCUUUAUUGGGUGCUCCGGCCUUGCUUCGCACUGACGGAGGCCCGUGUUUCCGUGGGCGUCCACUAGCUGAAAUGCUCUCGCUAAGAGCAGUGAAGCAUCGGGUGGAGUCGCCAUAUGCUUCUUUUUCAAACGGUUUGGCAGAGCGCGCUGUCGCCAGUGUCAAAUUCCUGACCAGGCAGCUCG